GCAAAAUGGGCAACACAGAGGGAACAGGCAGGGACAGGAUGGGACAAGACAGAGUGGGACAGACUGCUGCUGAAGGGUUCACUUUGCUGCUUGUGUUUCAGCAGGGGAUGAGUGAGGAGCAGCUCCCUGCAUCUCCCCACUGCCCCACCACGUGGGAGGACACCAAUGUCUCGGCCUCUGCGUACCCCCAGUACUGGGUGGAGCCCCGGUUCACCCAAGCAGCGAAGGUCCGUGUGAUCAUCACAGCCAUCUUCUUCCUGCUGGCAGCGGGCAGCAAUGCGGCGGUGCUGGGCAGCCUGCUGAGGAAGAGGAGGAAAUCCCACGUGCAGCCGCUGAUCCUCAGCCUGGCGCUGGCUGACCUGCUGGUGACAGUGAUGGUGAUGCCCCUGGAUGCGGCGUGGAACGUGACAGUGCAGUGGUACGGAGGGGACAUCUCCUGCAAGAUCCUCAACUUCCUCAAGCUCUUUGCUAUGUACGCGGCUGCCCUGGUACUGGUGGUCAUCAGCCUGGACCGGCACUCAGCCAUCCUCCAUCCCUUCUCCCGUGCUCACCGCCGCAAUGGGAUGCUGCUCCGUGCUGCCUGGGCUGGCAGCGUGCUCCUGGCUUUGCCCCAGCUUUUCCUCUUCCACCUGAACACAAUCCCAGGAGGGAAUUUCACCCAGUGUGUUACUCAUGGGAGCUUCCGAGCACACUGGGAGGAAACUGUCUACAACAUGUUCACCUUCACCACCCUCUACAUCACCCCUCUGAGUGUCAUGAUCGUCUGCUACAUCCGGAUCCUUUGGGAGAUCAGUAAGCAGCUAAAGGUCAAUAAAGGUUUGACAAGAAAUCAAAACGACCACAUCUCCAAGGCACGCAUGAAGACUCUCAAGAUGACCAUAGUGAUUGUUGCCACCUUCAUCAUCUGCUGGACCCCUUACUAUCUCCUGGGCUUGUGGUACUGGUUCCAGCCAGCCAUGAUCCAGAAGAUGCCAGAGUAUGUCAACCACAGCUUCUUCCUCUUUGGCCUGCUGCACACCUGCACUGACCCUAUCAUUUAUGGGCUGUACACCCCUUCCUUUCGGGAGGAUGUGCAGUUGUGUCUCAGGGGCAUUGAAACAGCCAUCACCAGGCAAAAGAGACACAAACCCAUCUCAGCCUCAGAGAAGAACAUCAAGGAUGGUGCUGCAAAUGGUGGGGUGGCAUCAGGGGGCUCCAACGGGACAACUGUCAGCACAGUCUGAUGAAGAGAUGUACCCACAAGGGGAUGGCAGGCACAGCUUUGGGACUGUUUUGUUCUGUAGGACCAUUUUGGAAACUGUCAUGAUGAGGUUCCCUACUCAGCUUUUGUGGGUGAGGGUUUCUGGCCAGAAACUGAGAAUGUGUCUCCUCCCAGUACUCAGGGUGAAAAAAAUUUGUGGGUAUUUCUGGUCAUUCUGCUGUAUUCUGGCACUGCUGUGACAACUAGAAAAACAUCCUUUUUGUACCUGGCUCCAGCCCUCAUUCUGGGAUCAAGCUUCUCCACACUUCCAGCAUCAACCUCUGGGAGGAAAUUUACCAUCUCCUCUGUGGUCCAGGGUCACGUCUCUGGAGUGGCUGGUCUUCAAGUGCCCUUUGCACCUACACCCAGCUGUAGAGCCAUGGAUGGUGUCACCCUGAGCCUGCAAAGGUGUGAUCACAGGCUUUUACUCCGUUUUCUCUACCCAUUGUAGGAAAAGCUCUCUGGAAUUUCAGAUCUCCUGACUCAGAACCUGCCUGGUUCUCCCAUGGCUGUGUGACAAGCCCUGGG